UUCGCUGUCCUUAUCCAUUUACCAAAUCCGUCUUUCGUAGCUGCUUUCUCAAUCUGAAUUCCCAAUCUACCCUCACCUGCCACUUUUUUAACUAUCUACCCCUUUCUCCCUCGUUCACUACACAGAUUUGUCCUCUUCUCCUCCAUCGUCGCUUUAUCACAGAAUGAAAUGAUCGAAGGUUUUUCCUGUUAACCAAACCCUAACUCGUUCCUUUCUGUGCUGACGCUGAUUCACUGAGUUCACGAUUCCAACUCCUUCAUCAACCAUGAGCCGUUUCAGGAGAAUCGAUAUCCUCGAGCCUUACUCUUCACCUCUCUUCGUUAAGAAAACCUCCAUUUUCGCUCCCAAGCCCUUAGCUUUUCCCUCAUUUUUCGAAGAAGAGGAUGAUCUUACCUUCGCUCUCGACGUAUUGAAUCCUUUCCCUUGCUUUAGCCCCAUCGAAAUCUACGACAGCGUCACCGAUCUGGUCCAAAUCGAGAAAACGCCGUCCUUUUGCUCGUACAAGAGGAUCCAACGCCGAGUCGAGCCUGAGUUUUCUAUACAAACCUUGUGCGACCGAGUUACCGCAUUGGAGUCCAAAUUCGACCGUCUCGUUAACGCGAGAAAGAGCGGUGGGGAGAGGAAGUACACGUGGACGACGGAGAUCAAGGGACCGGUAGAGAAGAAGUACAAAUGGAUAGCGGAGAUCAAAGACGGGAAGAAAAAAGAAGCGGAGAAAGAGAAGAAGUAUAAAUGGACGGCUGAGAUUGAAGGAAAGGGAAUCGAUGGGCCGAUCUCGAGGAAAUACACGUUUACAGCAUCGACGGGUGAUGCAGGUGAGUUUAGCAAAUUAGAGAAAAAGCAAAAGAAUGAGAAGAAGGCUCAUAAAAAGGACAAGAAAGGAGAGAAUGACACGCGUAUAGUGGAGAUUGAAGAGCCGUCUGAUCAUGGCGCUGUCGUGUUGAGACAGGCUUUUGCCAGAAGAGCUGGUGUUAUUAGAAAUAACAGGGGCAAGAAGAAGGAAUUGUCUCCUCAAGAUGCUGCAUUGAUGAUCCAAGUAACAUUCAGAGCUUAUCUGAUCCGUAGAUCACAGGCCCUUCGUGCCCUUAGGGAAUUGGCAGUUGCCAAGUCUAAACUGAAAGAGAUCAGAGCAUAUUUUAAUAACUUCUCCUACCGUCGUCGGGUAGCCCAGGAUGCAGAAGAACGUCAAAGGUUCUCUGAGAAAAUCAUUGUCCUGCUGCUUACUGUUGAUGCCAUUGAGGGGGCUGAUCUAAUGGUACGAGCUGCGAAGAAGUCAAUGGUAGACGAGCUGGAAGCAAUGCUUGAUGUGGUGGAUCCUCAGCCCCCUGGGAAAUCACUUUCGAUGAGGAGGAGGACAUUUGACAUGCCAGAUAGUGUCAUCCAGAAGGAAAUUGCUGAGGGUGUGGCACAGGUUGUUCAAAUGUUUGAGAGUGAAGAGAACGCUGCUGCUGUUUGAGGCAUUUUUGUAAAAAUCUUGUAAUAUGUUGGGUUCCUUGCUAGUCUGAUGUUUGGAAGAUGCAGCGAGCUUAGUUUAUGAUGUGUGGACCUGGAAUUUUUGUUGCCGUCUCUCUUUCUUCGGUGGUACUAUGUUCUGCAUGAACAUCUUCGACUUAUAUGUUCCUGCUUUUGUAAAAGGUGGUACUUGUUUUAAGCAAGAGCUUCGUUCCCUUCUGUUUUUUUGCUUGUA